AUGCUGAAAUGUGAUAAUAUUUGGAAUCUGAAAAAUAAAUUUCUAACAUUAUUAGCUAUGUUACUUAUACCUUUGUAUAUAGCAUUGGAAUUGUGUUUUUUUAUUUCUGAUCAAUAUGUGUUUUCUAGAUGCGCGAUUGACGAGGGUUUGUCAUAUGAUACAAAAGAUGGGAAAUUCGAGUUGAUCGCAAACAACGAAUCAGAUAAACUUUUACUUAAAGAAGGGCAACGUAGAGCUGCUUGGAUUGGUUCAUGUAAUCAUUCAGUGAGAUUAUUGUUAGGUUUACUGACCACAAUGAUAAUUGGCUAUAUAUCUGACCGUUUUGGCCGUCGUUUGUCGUUAGGUAUCAUGAUCAUCGGAGAAGCAUUACAAAUAAUCACACUGACCAAUCCAUGGUUGACAAUUAUCCCUGGUUUAUUCGAUGGAAUUAUAGGAGGUGGCUUGUUAUCGAUCCAAGCACAAGUUUCAGCAUCAUUAACCGAUUUAGUGAGUAAAGAAUCAGUAGAUAGUAAUGAUGUUGCAAAUAGUCAAGUUACUAAUCAAAAUAAUUUGUGGACUUUAUUCACUUGGUUUGAUGGACUUGAAUUAAUUAGUUUAUCACUUUCAAAUCCUAUAGGAGGUAUAAUUCUUUAUCGAGAUGGUUUUCGACUCCCAAUUAUCGUCUGUAACAUAUUAAUUGGAAUUAGUUUAUUGAUUAUAUUUUUUCUGCCCGAAUCUAUGAUGAUAUUUCAAUCGAACUAUUCAAAUUUAGAUACUUUAUAUCAUGAUCAAGAUUAUAAAAAUAAAGAUAAUGAUAUAGAGAUUAUAUUUGUACCCAAUAAGAAUUUUUCAUUUUGGAAAGUGAAUUGUCAAAGUAUCCAAAAUAGGUUUAAGAUCAUUAAUGAAAAAUAUAAACAACAUGUCCUAAUUGGAUUUAUCGUAUUAUUGUUGUCUAUUGUUACAUCAACUGAUUUACAUAUUAUAUACAUAUAUCUAAUGGGAUAUCCAUUUUUAUGGAAUUCACAGGAUGUUGGAAUUUAUUCUGGUGUAACUGAUAUAAUUUCCGCAAUCAUUGCAAUCAUUUUUACACUUUUAAUGGCUCGUCUCAUACAUAGGCCAGUAUCGAAAUCAAGUGAUUCCAUCGCUCAAAAUAUAUUUGAUACAAAUCCUGAUAAUAAACAAUUGAAUAAAGUUAAAUGUCAAUCUGUUAAUUUACUUUUAAAAAUAUUCAUUUUCAGUAUUUCCAUGAUGUUUAUAAACAGAACUAUACUUGCUACCAUACCUAGAUUUGCUAAAGGGUUAAAUAAUCCAAUAUUAAGAACUCUUAUAUCCAUGUGGACUGAUCAAUCAAAGCAGGGUAUAAUGCAUUCAUUUGUGGCGUUUGUAUCACGACUGGGUGUAUUUAUUUGUUUUUCUAUAUUAAUUUUAAUCUAUUCUUCAACAACUCAUCUAUUCCCUGGUGCAGUAUUCUUGGUCUGUUCCAGUUUAAUACUUAUUGCAUUGAUAACGGCUGGAUUUUUAUAUGGAUUAACGAAUACCAGUGUAGAUAUUGGUCAAAUGGAAAACAAUUCAGAGAAUAUGUAA